CCGUUUUUCAGUGAGUCAGAAAGGAAGAAGAGAAGCUUUAAUAAAUUCAGAAUAAGCGUCGUGGACGUGAAUUAUGACUCUGACGGUUGUCGCUGCGCAAACAUGCAAUGGAGGUCAAUAGUAGUGGGUCUUGUUGUGCUUCGGUUGGCCCUAAACUGCGUCCUGUGGUUGGCGUUUGGACUGACCCCCAGCUGGGGCUUCGAGUUGCCGCUGCAGUUCAGCUUCAACCUGAACAAACUUGUGGAGCAGCAGCGGCCAGAUGCCGAGCAGCGGGGCAGCAGCUGGUCACAGCGGGUGUACGAGGACUACCGUGAGGGAACCAGCCACAAAAUCAACGAGAAUACGCCCAAGAAGUCCUACCUCAGCUUCUUUAAGGCUAGCCGAGAUGAGAACUAUAGGAAGUAUGGGUCGUUUCCCGAUUCUCUCAAAAUAAAAAUGAAACAAAUGGCCAGGGACAUGUUCUACUUCGGUUAUGACAACUAUAUGAAAUAUGCCUUUCCUGAAGAUGAACUUAACCCCAUUGAUUGUGAAGGAAGAGGACCAGACGUACUCAACCCGUCAAACAUCAACAUCAAUGAUGUGCUUGGAAACUACUCCCUGACGCUAAUUGACACACUUGAUACUCUUCUGGUGCUUGGGAACGUGUCUGAAUUCCACCGGGCUGUUAGGCUGGUGAUCGACACUGUCUCCUUUGACAAGGAUUCCACCGUGCAAGUGUUCGAGGCCAACAUCAGGAUCCUGGGCAGUUUAAUCUCAGCCCAUAUUCUUCUGACUGAUCCUCGGCACCCAUUCGGGGAUGUUGGGCUGGAAGAUUAUGAUAAUGAGCUGCUGCAUCUGGCCCAUGAUCUUGCUGUUCGGCUGCUACCUGCCUUCGAAAACACCAGCACUGGCAUCCCCUACCCGAGGGUAAAUCUAAAGAGCGGCGUUCCUCCUAACAGUAUAAACGAGACGUGCACAGCGGGCGCAGGCUCGCUGUUGGUGGAGUUUGGCAUCCUGAGCCGUCUCCUCGGCGACUCCACGUUUGAGUGGGUGGCGAGAAGGGCUGUCCGAGCUCUCUGGAACCUGAGGAGCAACCAGACGGGGCUGCUGGGGAAUGUAGUAAACAUCCAGACAGGUCAGUGGGUGGGGAUGCAGAGCGGCCUUGGUGCAGGCAUGGACUCUUUCUAUGAGUACCUGCUCAAGUCGUACAUCCUGUUUGGAGAAAAAGAGGACUACAGGAUGUUUAUGUCUGCUUAUGAGAGCAUUCAGAGCCACUUGAGGCGAGGGAGAGAGGCAUGUAAUGAAGGAGAAGGUGAUCCUCCCCUCUAUGUAAAUGUGAAUAUGUUUAAUGGCCAGAUCAUGAACACAUGGAUUGACUCUCUUCAGGCUUUCUUUCCUGGACUGCAGGUUUUAAUUGGAGAUGUGGAGAACGCUAUUUGCCUGCAUGCCUUCUACUAUGCAAUCUGGAGGCGCUUUGGGGCACUGCCAGAAAGGUACAACUGGCAGCUUCAAGCCCCGGAUGUACUCUUUUAUCCAUUAAGACCUGAGUUAGUCGAGUCAACAUACCUGCUCUAUCAGGCCACCAAGAAUCCCUUCUAUCUACAUGUUGGCAUGGACAUCCUUCAGAGCCUUGAAAAUAAUACCAAAGUCAAAUGUGGCUAUGCCACCCUCCAUCAUGUGGUAGACAAAUCCAAGGAGGACCGCAUGGAGAGUUUUUUCCUGAGUGAGACAUGCAAAUACCUGUACCUGCUCUUUGAUGAAGACAACCCACUGCACAAGUCUGGGAACAGAUUCCUCUUUACUACAGAAGGGCAUGUAGUGCCUAUAGACCCGCGCUUUCGACAGAGAAGCUGGGAAGAGCAAUUCCCAUGUGAUGAGCCCACCAAGGAACCCCCAGCCAAUAUCACCAAUUGUGACCGGAUCCCAGAGGAGCGUCGCUAUGGUCUUCCAUUGAAGAGUGUGUACAUGAGACAGCUCGACCACAUGGUUGGCCUUUUAUGACCUCAAUGCUGCCUCUGGGAGUUUAAAAAAACUUAACAAUUAACUCCUGGAGGGGUUCAGCAGUGUGGUUUUCCACACUCACAACCUUUGGUUGCACACAGAAUUGUAUUUUAAGGAGAAGCUCAUAGGACAAAAGUAGUGUUCGGUUUUGUUAAACAAUAAUGUUGCUGCAUUAGGCCAAGUUUUUAUUACUAGCAGUUCAGGGAGAGUGACAAAUCAGUAGUUAACCCCAUAAUGCCUGGAAUUUAGUUUGAGCAUUUUAUCACUAGUUUAACACUUGGUUUAAUGUCGCCACUUUUUAAUAAAUGAAUGGUAUACAUUGGGUUCCAUGUUAGAUGUGGCAGAUUUUUGUAGUACAUAGUGGUGAUGUAAACUUGGCAUGUGUCAGACACAUAAGGGGGCAGGCUAAACACAAACAACUUUUAUAGGAUUUAGGCGGCUUUUCAGAAAAGCAUUUUGCUGACCAGACAUUUCUAAUUUCUAUAAUUUUAUGGCCCUACAUGAGUUCUGUAAUGCUUGCCAUUAGGUUUUGCUUUGACCCCAAAGAAUUGAGGACCUUGUUAAUGUUCGCUCCCUAUUUUGUUUUCCAUUCUGUGGCCAGUGUGUUAAAGAUAUUGAAAUUUAGAAGAGCUCUCUGGGCCACACAUUCUUCCACCACUAGACAUUCCCUUUCAUGACAGCCUUAUUAGUGUGGCUGAAUCAGUGACAUAAUUUACCCAGUUGCUUUCAUUCUUUUGGGCUCAUAUACUUUAUGUAUUUUUCAGCUAUUUUAAAUUAUCACCACACAACUGCACUAAUCAAAAGUGGGUACAUAUAACACUUUGCCAUAAACUCAUUGCGUCAUGACAAAGCAAAUACAAAGUGAGCUAUUGUGUCCCUAAAUAGUAUUCAUUAGUGUUCUACCAAUAGCAACAGUACUAUUUUAAACUUAGUUACAGUAUAACAAAUAGUAUGUGGUUUAAGAAGCAGCUCUUCAGCUCACUAGCGGCAGUAGCCUCAACGCCCCUGACUCUGUAUGUAACGUUUGGAUAUUAUACCCAAAUGUCUUAUGCUAAGUGUUACAUGCUCCCUGGUAAUGUAUUCCUGAUGACAUUCAGUCCUUGAUUUAGUUUUUUUCAAUUUUUUAAGUAUUAUGUUGCAUGAGUAUUUAUUUUUAUGAUACCAUAGGAUUUUGUCACAGAAAUAAAAAAAACUGAUUUAUAAAUCA